AUGUUAAAAAUCUUUAAAAGAAAGUAUAUAAUAAAGCAGUUGUUUCAUGAUGUACAAAAUGGCAUAGUUAAAGACGGCCAACAUGUCAAUAAAUUAAAUGGUUAUAUAACAAAUAUUAAUAAAUUGAAAAAUUUUACAUUUGUUGAUAUAAUGGAUGGCACAACAUCGUCUUCUGUAAAACUUGUACUAUCUAAUAAAAAUAAUAAUAUUCAAAAUAUUACCUUAGGAGAUACUAUCCAAUUAAAUAACUGGAAUGUUGUAUUAACACCAAAUAGAACUCAAUUCUUCGAAUUACAAAUGAACUCCCCAAACUCUACUUUCAAUAUUUCACAUUCAAUUGACUUGUCUUUACAAUAUAACGAAAAGAAUAUUAAUUUAUCAACUUUAAGAAAUACACCUUUACACAAAUUCAAAAAUAAUUAUAUGGCCUCAUUACAAAGAUUCAGAUCUCAUUUAGAAUUAACUCUCUUCAAUAUCCUGUCAAAUAAAUUCAAUUUUAUUAAAACUGAUCCACCAAUUAUCACAACAAAUGACACAGAAGGUAAUAAUGAGACUUUUAAACUGACUAGUACAAACUCAGGAAUCUUCCCAUUAAAUGCACCGAAUUCGCUCAAUUUAACUGUAUCUGCACAAUUGCAUUUGGAGAUCCUAGCACAAUCAUUAUCUAACGUUUAUAGUCUAACACCAUGCUUUAGAGCUGAAAGAUCAGACACAGGCAGACAUUUAACUGAAUUUUGGAUGCUAGAAUUGGAGACUACUGAAUAUAAUACGUUAGAUGAAUUAGUCUCUCUAACAAAAAAUUUUAUUAUAUCUACUUUAAAAGAUUUGCUAAAAAAUCAAAAAGUUGUAUUGGAUUGGGAUGAAUUAAUUAAUCAUAAUAAUAGUCAUAAAAACUAUUUACCUCUACCGAUGGAUACAAUGACUACCGACCAAAUUUCGGACAGAUGGGAAAGGAUAGCAAACCCAAAAAACUGGCAUGAGAUUGAUUAUGUCGAUGUAAUAAAAGAACUUGACGGGAAUUCAAAUGCUUUCACCACCAAACCACCAACAUUGGACACAAUAAAUGAGAAUAAUAUCAAUUCAGAACAUGAAAAAUGGGUAUCUUCAACAUUAUUCUCUAAUGGUUUUGUGUUUAUUAAAAAUUAUCCAAAAUCUUUAAAACCAUUCUAUAUGAAAAAUAAUAUAAAUAAUAAGAAGUUACAGACUGUUCAAUGUUUUGAUUUAAUAUUCCCCGAACUUGGAGAAAUUAUUGGUGGUUCUAUGCGUGAGGAUAAUUAUGAAAAGUUGAUACCUAAUGUAUCACAAGAUUUGGACUGGUAUGUCCAAUUAAGACGAUCAGGGUAUCGGACCAGUGGUGGGUUUGGCCUUGGUUUAGAAAGAUUUAUUGCAUAUAUUUUAGGUGUUAAAAGUAUCAAAGACACACUUCCAUUCUAUAGAUCCGCUAAAUCAAAAGUUACAUUAUAA